AUGACCACCACAUACACGACGACGACGUAUACGAACCCCGUCGCAGACCUUGAAGAGCGCGGGGAAGCAACUCAGUGCACCUGGGUUGUAGCACCACGAAACUAUUCGGUGCCUAAAGGCGCAAUUGAUCUGGGGCUCGAAUUUAACUACCUUUUUGGCCUCAAGCUCUCGAAGAACUAUCCGCACAGCGUUAUCAAGGGGGGAGAAAGCAAGAUCCGAGGUCCAGACCACGCCAACACGUACAUCGUCCAGCAGACGUGGGGGAUCGACGGUGUCCCAGGCACCGAGCUUGCCGCUGCUAUCGAACGCUGGACCGGAGAGGUUCUGCGCAGUCCUUCAACAAGAAUCGAAUGGGUCGUGAAGAGAGCGUCUUGCUGA